GCUAAGUUGUCGUGGCUCGCUGCUGACUACAUGUCAAAUUAGCUUCGUUGAGCUAUUCAGGGAAAUUUCUGGCAGCAGACUACUAGAAAGCGUGGCAGACGAGGAUCGCAGCGUAGCGAGUUACUAUGACGACAGAAAUCUCCACCUCCAUAAACAUCAAGGAGCCUCGAUGGGACCAGGGGACGUUUGUGGGCCGGGCCAAACACUUCUUCACGGUCACAGACCCCCGCAACGUCCUCCUCACCAACGAACAACUAGAGAACGCACACAAAGUCAUUAGUGACUACAGGCAAGGUGUGGUGUGCCCAGGGUUAACGGAGGACGAACUAUGGAGAGCCAAGUACAUCUUCGAUUCAGCAUUCCACCCAGACACAGGAGAGAAGAUGAUUCUGAUUGGACGCAUGUCAGCUCAGGUCCCCAUGAACAUGACCAUCACUGGCUGCAUGAUGACCUUCUACAAGACGACUCCAGCCGUAGUAUUAUGGCAGUGGAUCAACCAGUCCUUCAAUGCAAUAGUCAACUACACCAACAGGAGCGGAGAUGCUCCCCUCUCCGUUAAUCAGCUUGGCACAGCCUAUGUGUCUGCCACCACGGGGGCAGUAGCCACCGCUCUAGGGCUAAAUGCACUAACAAAGCACAUAUCUCCCCUCGUGGGGAGGUUGGUUCCAUUCGCUGCUGUUGCUGCUGCUAACUGUAUCAACAUCCCUCUCAUGAGGCAAAGGGAACUAAAGCAUGGGAUUCCAAUAACGGACGAGAACGACAACCGGUUAGGAGAGUCAACGAACGCCGCCCAGCAAGCUAUUAGCCAGGUGGUGGUGUCCAGAAUCCUCAUGGCCUCUCCUGGAAUGGCUAUCCCACCAUUUUUAAUGAAUGCCUUGGAAAAAAAAGCCUUCUUGAAGAAGUUCCCAUGGAUGAGUGCACCUAUUCAAGUGGGCUUGGUGGGAUUCUGCCUGGUGUUCGCCACUCCGUUGUGCUGUGCGCUGUUCCCCCAGAAGAGCUCCAUGUCAGUGAGCCGACUGGAGGCCGAGCUGCAGGAGAAGAUCCGUGCGAGCCACCCCGGGGUGGAGAGGGUCUACUUCAACAAAGGACUAUGAGUGUCCGGCGCCACGCUAGCCCCGCGGCGCCGCCGGGCCACCCUGGCAGCAUCUGGGGCAGACCCCGCCCCCAGUCACCGUGGGCCAUCCUC